CGGAGCAGCCAACGACCCACCAUCCUUUUCAAAGGAGGUACGAAUCAUUGGGACAUUGUAGCUUGGCUCUUUGCGAAACCAUGCCUACGCUCUCGGUCGAAAAGGACUUGCUCUUUCGUCAUUUAGGCCGUACUUACACUGACAAGGAAUUUGACGAGCUGUGUUUCGAGUUCGGAGUCGAGCUAGACGAAGUCACGUCGGAAGUGGAAGAAGCCCAGAAGAGCGCCACCGUAAAGCUUUCCAAGUCACAACUUGAAUCUCUCAGCGCCGCAAUUGUGUACAAGAUUGAUGUCCCGGCGAAUCGAUACGAUCUUUUGUGUGUCGAAGGACUCAGCCGAGCCUUGCAAAUCUUCUUGGGCGACGUCGACGCUCCGGAAUAUCGACGUUUGGACGGAGUAUCCGAUGCGGCACAGCGCGUUACUAUGACAGUCCACAAAGCCCACACGGACCAGAUUCGUCCCUUUGUUGUGUGCGCGAUUCUGCGGAACGUGACCUUCGACGAGGAACGAUACGCGUCUUUUAUUGAUUUACAGGAUCAGCUACACCGCAAUCUAUGUCGUCAACGCACACUUGUUGCAAUCGGGACGCACGACAUGGACGUGGUACAAGGACCCUUCUUUUACGACGCCCGCGCGCCGACAGAUAUCUCUUUUGUCCCGCUCACCCCGAAUGAUAAGAGCUACGUAGCCAACGAGCUGUUGGAAUUCUACGAAACCGAGCCUGCUGCCAAACACCUCAAGCCUUACGUACCCAUCAUCAAGGACAGUCCGCUGUAUCCGGUGAUUGUGGAUAGUAACGAGACAGUACUUAGUCUACCGCCCAUCAUAAACGGUUCGAAGUCCAAAAUCACACUCGAUACCAAGAAUGUCUUUAUCGAAUGUACCGCAACCGAUCUGACUAAGGCUAACAUCGUACUCGAUACGAUGGUCACUAUGUUUUCGGGCUACUGCGAAGUACCUUUUACGGUGGAGCCCGUUCUGGUACAGUAUCAAGAAAAUGACAAAAUUGUCAGUUCGUAUGUGACACCCGUCUUAAGUUCACGUCAAGAAACAGCCAAGGUAGACUUUUGCAAUUCGCUCAUCGGCAUUCAAAUCACCCCGCAAGAGAUGCAAGCUUUAUGUAACAAGGUGCAAUUAGGCCCCGCACAGCUACUGGAAAACGACACGGUUCUACAAGUUACCGUUCCGCCCACUCGCUCGGAUAUUUUGCAUCCUGUUGAUAUUGCGGAAGAUAUUGGAAUCGCCUAUGGUUACAACAAUAUCCGCCGGCGAGUGCCAACGACCAACACGGUGGGAGGUGAAUUUCCACUCAAUCAGACGGGAGAUCUUUUGCGGGAAGAAAUAGGGCGCGCGGGGUAUGUAGAAGUUUUAACACACGGAUUGUGCAGCGUGCGUGACAACUUUACCGCCCUGCAGCGUCCUGUUACGGCCGCCGUCAAGCUCUCCAAUCCGGCCAAUGUAGAAUACCAAGUUGUCCGCACAACGCUGCUGCCGGGCUUGCUGAAAACGUUACAGCACAAUAAGUCUGCAUCCUUUACGGGGGGUUUCAAGUUGUUUGAAAUUUCCGACGUUGUUUUACCGGACAGCGAGAAUGUUAUGACGGAAACAAUCGUCGGGGCCAAGAACUCCCGACGACUAGCUGCUGUUUAUGCCGGGCCAACGUCUGGCUUUGAAAUCAUCCAUGGUUUAGUCGAUCGGGUCAUGACGCUUUUGGAAAUUGCGCCCGAAGAGGCGUACAUUGCCAAUUCUGCCAAAUCGGACGAAGAAGAAUACCGGGUAGCUCGAGAAGGCUGGACGUAUACGAUUGCGUCCUUAUCGGAAAGCGACCCGCACGUGAACACCUACUUUCCUGGGCGGGCUGCGGCUAUUUUGCUCACAAAACCCAACGCGACAAGUAGUUGUGUGGUGGGAACUUUUGGAAUUCUGCACCCCGACGUCCUGGCCAACUUUGACAUUUUGUAUCCGUCCAGCUGUGUGGAGUUGGAUCUGGAAGCGUUGAUGUAGCGCAAAUAGACAGGAUGGCAAAUACUUUAUUAAUGCAAACACACAGAUUAU